ACUCAAUGAGCGGACAGCGCAAUGUCCGAGCGCCCUGGGCAAACGGCAAAGGGGAAAGAUGGCAAAAACAAGUAUUCGUCUCUCAACCUGUUUGACACAUAUAAAGGAAAGAGCCUCGAAGCACAUAAGCCAGUUGUUCCUCCCCGCCAUGGUCUGCAGUCCCUUGGUAAAGUUACCUCUGCACGGCGGAUGCCCCCACCAGCCAACCUGCCCAGUCUGAAGGCAGAGAACAAAGGCAACGACCCCAACAUUUCUCUCGUCCCUAAAGACGGCACAGGAUGGGCAAGCAAGCAGGAGUCUGCCGACCCAAGGAGUACCGAUGUAUGGUCAGCUCAGCAGCCGGCGUCGCAGCAGCCUGUGGCUAUGCAGACGCCUGCGUCCAGCCAGCCGAGGAACCCACCAGUCCCAGAGGCCCCAGCUUCAGCUCUCGCCACAGGGGCAAAGUCCUGGGCUCAGGCCAGUGUCACGCAUGGAGUGCCAGGAGAUGGUGGAAAGGGAUCAAACCAACCAUCGCCAUUCUCUCGCGAGGAAUUUCCCAGCCUGCAGGCGGUUGGAGCCCAGGACAAAGCUGGCAGGGAACAGGCCACUACAGAUCAGUGGUAUGGGCCCGGACCAAGCCUCCGCCCACAGAAUGUGAUAAACUGGCAGGAUGGGGGAGACCACGCCCUGAAUGUGGUCCAGCCCCGAGGGGGGGUAGGAGAGGUUGGGGUUGAGGGGGCGGUGUUGUUGGAGGAAGCUAUAGAGGGAGUGCAUUCCCGUCACCAACAGCAGCAGACCUCAUCCUCUCACAUACCCCAAAGUUACUCCUCUGCCACCAGCCCCACCCUGCCCCUGCCACCGCCCCCUGUAGUCCCCCAGUUCCCCCCCUACAGAGGGAUUGUGCCUCCAUUUAUGUACCCUCCAUACCUGCCUUUUCCAUCCCCGUUUGGCCCCCAGGGGACCUACAGGUACCCAAUGCCUUCUGAGGCCCCCAGGUUCUCUCGCGUGCAAAGUGGGCAGGCUUCCCAAGCAGGAGGGUCCCUGGAUCAAGGGCGAGAAGCAGUGAAGCGCCCCUCCAUUCUAAAGCAGGAUGACUUGAAGGAGCUUGAUGAGCUGGAUCAUGAUGGGGAUGAGGGCUGGGCUGGGGCACACGAAGAGAUAGACUACUCGGCCAAGCUGAAGUUCAGCGACGAUGAAGGAGAGGAAGACUUGGAUGAGGACAAAAAGUGCACUUGGGAAUCCAGGGACAAUAAGCAACCCAUAGAGGGACCCACCCCGGGCAGACACAGUCACAGUCCUGUCAGCAGAGGUGACACCUGUCGUACCACUCCCUCCUCCAAUGACAGUGCUGCCCCGCCUUCGCCCAGAAAGCCAGACUGGGCUGAAGAUGGGGCAGGUGACUGGGUAACACAGAGCAGCCGCACUCCCUACCAGGACUGUCCCUCCCUGCAGCCGGGCUCCACGCCGAUCUCUCCUACCUCCGCCCCCUUCCAGAAGCUCUCCGCCAUCCCGUCUCCCUCACUUCCCCGGCACAAGCAGCCCUCCGCCACCCCCACGCCACUCCCGCUGUCUCAGGCGGAGGACGAGGGUGAGACGUGGCGACAGCGGCUGAGGCAGUCCUCCUCGGAGAUCACUGCCGCUGUGGAGCGAGCGAGGAGGCGCCGGGAGGAGGAGGAGAGGAGGAUGGAGGACGAGCGGCGGGCCGCCUGCGCCGAGAAGCUGAAACGGCUGGAUGAGAAGCAGCAGCGGCAGCAGCAGAACAAGCCCGACGUCAUAGCCAAUGGCAACCGUAGCCCCUCCCUCUCUGCCUCAGGCCCCUCCCCCACCCUCAGUCACCCCUCGUCCCCUUGCUUGGACUUUAAGGAGCCCCCCCUCCUGUCUGCUCAGACAAGAGAAAGGCAGGGCAGCAACAGCAGCUAUGAUUCCAACACAGACUCUCAGCGAUGCCUGCCACCCACGGCAGUGCAGCUUGCCGUCCAGGACAUAGCUGAGGCUGGGGAAAGGGAGGAGGAAGGUGUAGCUGCCAGCAGCAUUCAGACCGCAGGCGGUGCAGAUUUGGUAAAGAUGGAGGGUUUCGGGGGUGGAGCUGGACGCCAUGGGGGUGGCCUUCAUGUUCAGGGGUACUCAAAAUACCAGAAGUCUCUUCCUCCUCGCUUCCAAAGACAGCAACAGGAGCAGCUCUUGAAACAGCAACAGCAAUGGCAACAGCAGCAGCAACAGCAACACAACCAGGUUGCCCAAAGUCAGCCCAAACCCCAAGCCCUAGCCCCUCAAGGCUCCUCCCCAGGAGCCCCCACCCAUCCUGGCCCAAAACUGGCCUCCCUUUUUUCACAUAACUCGCUAGGCCACCCACCUCCUUUGCCUGUGAAUUUUGACCCCCGCUGGAUGAUGAUGGUGCCUUAUAUGGAUCCCCGAAUUAUGCAGAAUCACCCUCCGGUGGACUACUACCCUCUGAGCAUGCAUCCCUCAGGUCUUAUGGGCCGUGAGCGCUCCAAUUCAGAUGGCUCAGGUUCAGAGCCAUUCAACCAGCAGCAGUACCCUAGACCAUCUCAUCCUCCCCAAGGGACUCCCUCCAUUGAUCUGAAGCUGGCGUGGGAACCAGACAUCUUUGCAGGGGGCAGGGAUGGCUCAGGCGGGCUGCAAGCAGGGGAAAGUGGCAAAGGCCAAAGGAGCAGUGCUUCGCCAGUGCCUAUGCAAGAUGGAGGACCAGGUUCUGUACCACAGGCAGUGGAGUCAUUGGCUUCAUUCAUUGCACCCAACUCUUCUCCCUCAAGCUCUUGUAACCAAACACCUGGAUCUGUUGUGAGCCAAGGUGGAGGAAUAAGUGGGGGUGGCAGUCAGUACCCCCAUCAUCAACAGUCCCUCUUGGGGGUUACGGAUAACUAUAGCAGUUUCUCUGACUGGGGAACCAGGAGAGGCUCCCAUGAGCAGCAGAGGGGUUGCAGUGGUGGAUAUUCACAUAGCUGCUGCCAGCAGGAUGAGGGCCCUCCAGCAAGGACACUUUGGGGAGCCCCCCACCCCCACUAUGAACACACAUGCCGUCCCAACCAUUCUCCUGUAGAUAGUAUGCCCCAGUCAGACUACCACCAGCCCCGUUGUCCUCAUCCCUCUCCUUUCCCGUUCAAGUUUUACAAAAGGGAAAAUGGAAGAGAGGGAGACAGGUUAGGCAAGAUGAAGAAAGAUGACUCUUCAAAAUCUCUCCACCAGCCCUGCCUGUCUUCCUCCUGCUCCUCAUCCUCCUGUUCCUCUUCCUCUGCUCGAGAUGACAAUGGUGUCAAGCCAUUUCUGCAUCAUCUGCCUCCCCCUCGUAGCGCGGGAGCUGGAGUGGGAAACAACAGAAAGUCAGACAAAGUAGGCAUCCCCCCUGCUCUUUGUUCCCAAUCCCUGUUCAUGCCUCCUUCCCAGCACCUUCCUCAGCAGCAGCUGCAGCACCAUCCGAGACCAAUCCAACGUGGGUAUGGACACAAGACCCAGACUCAGUGGGGGCCAAGACCUGGGCGCAGUGGCAUGAGUGGUACUUCUAUCCAUAACAGGAAGUCAAGUGCAGUAGUGAGCAGUACUGCAGAGGAGUCAGCUAGUCUUCAGACAGAGCACAAACCAUCCACGCUGCCUGAAGGCGGGAACGCUAACAAGAGAGUGGGGCCUAUAAAGAGACCUGUGCUGAAGGAAACGAGACGAGAGGGGGGGAAGGAAGAAGGAAGAGAACAGACAGCUGGAGGCUUAGGGAGGGACACAAAGCAGGAAAGCAAGCUGAUGCCAGCUAAGCAAGAUGCCCCGAGUUGUCAGAUUUCCAUUGUACCCUCCAGCAAAGAGGGCACACCACAGUUAGUUAAACCAAGAAAUGGUGGGAAGGAAGGGAUGGGAACUGAGCUGGGUAAUGGACCCAAACAGGGGGAUUCCCCCUCUCUGCCCUCAGGGUACUCUGCUCCCACGUCCCGAUGGAAAGUGGAGAACUGUCAUGAAAGAGUAGGUAGUGGCUCGUACCAGCUCCCAGCUCCCCUGAAAGGCAGCAGAGGCAGAGUUGGCGAGUUCUACGGGAGAGGACGGAGCUACAGGGCCAACUACACAGGGAGCAGAAUGGGUAGCAGUAGACAUGGAAGAGCAGGAGGAUGGAUCAGUAAGGACUACAGAUUGACAAGCAGUGGUUACCACCGCUCCAGGAAUCAAAGCAGCAGUACCCAGGAUUCCACACACUGUAAUGUGGAGGCUGCUGUUGGGAGUAUGAGAACUGGACAGAGAGGCUCACAGCUGAAUCCUGGGCGUGCCAGGAAUCGCAGCGAGACCAGGAGCGAGGGGUCAGAGUAUGAGGAAAUGUCAAAAAGGAGGCGACAGAGGGGGUCAGAAACGGGCAGCGACAGUGCAGCCAGUGACCUUGGCCAUUCUGACAAGGAGGACAGGAAACAACAGACAAAGAAUGGGCAUAGUACUAUUAGUAAUCCCACAUCUGCCACCGUUGCAAACUGUGCUGCCAACACUCAGUCUCGAGCUCCCCAGACACGCAUAUUUACUCCGAGGGGGGUGCCGUCAAGGCGGGGCAGAGGAGGCGGAGCAGGAGGGAGCAUCUACAGAAGCGGUGGAAUGUCUAAUAGUCAUCGUGCUGAAUCCAGUUUCACCGCUCACAGCUGGGCUUCGAAAUCAUUCUGUUCUGUCCGCAAACAUCAAACUCAGUCACAGUCCUCCCCUCAUAAAGAUGAAGAGCAUCGAGGUGAGGAGCAUAAGGACAAGGCGGUAGAUUCAUGCCAUUCCCAGAAUCAGAAUCUAAGCACCCCUCUAGAAUCAACCCCUGCCAUCCUCACAUGUGCUCUUCAGAUCUCUCUUGAAAAUGGUAAUAUAGGAGAUGAGCACUCCUCAGCUAAUCCUCAUGAUAAUUCCACCUCUCUUCCUCUACCUCACCCUGUACUGGAUGUUCAUGGUUUUCCCUCCCGCGGCUUUGAUAAUCCACCCCGACGUCACCGGAAUUACCGCAUCCUACACCAACAAGACAAGCCCCCCCGAUUCCGCAGGCUUAAGCAAGAACGAGAGAAUGCAGCUCGAGUCAAUGGCAGCAGUGGUACAAUAGAAGUAGGGGGGCAACAGCAGCAACAGCUCACUGCACCCUCCCAGAAUUCUUUGCAAGAAAUAGAUGGCUCUUCCAUCACCACUAACACAGCCACUAGUCCCAAUAUAAUCCAUAGUACAGUGGGCAGUUCCUAUGACAACAAUGAAAAUAAUCAGUUGGGUUGUAUGAAAACAAAUUCGUAUAGCCACAGCCACCACUACACCCUAACUGAAUGCUCUGAGCACCAGUGCAGCCACAGUCAAAAGGCAGGAUCUAAAGAGGUGAUUUACACCAAAUCACUGGACAUCACCAGCUGUAAUUCAGACCAGGCCAAUGAGGAAUGGGAAACGGCCUCAGAGAGCAGUGACUUUGCAGAGUACCGCAAGGGAGGUGGAGGAGGGAAGUCUUGCUCCGCACACAUCCCCCACUCUGAUGGGAGAGGGAGUGGAGGUGGGAGGCGAGAGAUGACAGAAAAUGAAUCUACAGUGUACAAGAGGAGCUUUUCCAGCCAGCGACCUGGCAUGGAACGACAGAACAGACGAGUAAAUACUGGUGGAGGGGAAGGAGAAGGGAGGGCCCUCCGAGGCACACCAGGUGGGGGUGGAGUAGCACCCAGCAAUCGAGGCAGUAACCUCGGUGACAAGCGUGGCAGCUGGCCAUCCCCCAAACUUAGAAAGUAAUAUAAAGAAACUAAAACUGAGCUGAGAUUAACUGAAAAUGUUAAAACUCAUAACCUGUCUGUCCUAUUUACCCAAACCCUUUCUUUGUCUGCUCCCAUACCUUUAUGUAUUAGUCCAGUAUUGCUCAUUGUGUAGAUCAGGAGGCCGCAUAUGUGGUGACUUUCUAUCUUGAUCACUCUAAUCUUCUAUCUCAUGCCCUCUUUCAGCAGUUAAAACUGCCCCCUUUGCAUGUACCUCUCUUUGUUAAUUUGUUCUUUACCAUCAUCUGUUUGAAAAAUACCAUCAAGUACAAAACAAUGAAUAGAUACACACUGAAGUACUUUAUUUCUGUUGCAGUGUGUCGGGGGCACCCACACAGAAGGGUCUUAAUGCAGAUGCUUAUUUUAAAAGAUUGUGUUUAUAUUUCUGUGUAUAUUUGAGCCUGUUGGUAUUCAGUCGGACACCUCCCACUUCUGCAGAUUUUGAUUUGGUUGGUUUGCUUGUUUUAAUGAGGAGAGAUAGGAGAUUGUCUACUUUUUUGCCACUGUGUGUCCAUAUUAUGUGUCCAUAUGCAGUCCAGCAUCUGUCCCUUACUAAUGAGUUAGGGCUGUUUAAGAUAAUGUCUGCAUUUUUUGGGUUUUAUAUAGAAAUUCUUAUGCUGCUAGUUCAGAAUUACAGCAUGUAUUGUUCACCAGAUUUCUUUGUUGUCAGUGGUUGUCCUUGGUUAAUUCUAAUGUCAUUGCC